UCUGAUGCGGUACGGGAGUGAGAUCCAAAGGCUCUGGGACAUUAACUUCCAUCACUCAUAUAUGUGACAUGUCUGCACCUAUACCAUAAGGCGAGGCUUCACAGGCAAACUUCACUGGAUGAUAUGGAUCAUAAUAUCCUCUGACUCUGGAUGAAACGGGCAUUUUAUCAGUAAGACAAGCCCUGGACUUGGCUGCACAGUGGGAAUUUGGAUCUGGAAAAUUCCUGACAGCGGUGCUGCAUUUCACAAAGCAUUGAGACUCACAGUCAGUGCUCGCCAUGUCUGAUGGAGACUACGAUUAUCUCAUCAAGUUUCUAGCACUUGGAGAUUCUGGAGUAGGAAAAACCAGCUUCCUGUAUCAGUACACAGAUGCCAAAUUCAACUCCAAAUUCAUCACCACAGUUGGCAUUGACUUCAGAGAAAAGCGAGUGGUUUAUAAGCCCAGUGGCUCAGAUGGCAGUGCAGGAAGAGGACAGAGGAUUCAUCUUCAGCUCUGGGACACAGCUGGCCAGGAGAGGUUCCGUAGCCUAACGACUGCUUUCUUCAGAGAUGCCAUGGGUUUCCUGUUGCUGUUUGACUUGACAAAUGAGCAAAGCUUCCUCAACGUCAGAAACUGGAUCAGUCAGCUUCAGAUGCAUGCAUAUUGUGAAAACCCAGAUAUUGUAUUGUGUGGCAAUAAAUGUGACCUGGAAGACCAGAGGGCUGUAAGGGAAGAGGAUGCAAAGGAGUUGGCAGAGAAAUACGGACUUCCCUACUUUGAAACCAGUGCAGCAACUGCAUCCAAUGUGAACAAAGUUGUGGAGACCCUGUUGGAGCUCAUCAUGAAACGCAUGGAACGGUGCGUGGACAAAUCGUGGAUACCUGAAGGUGUUGUAAGGUCCAAUGGCCACAACUCCACGGAACAUCUAAAUGCAGAAGACCAGGACAGGGGGAAAUGUGCUUGCUAGAUUGGUCUGUAUGGAACCCCCUUUUUUUGUUGAUAAUUGAACAUUGUUUGUUUCUUAACCAGAUGCAUGCUGUCCACCAUACUAUUAUUUUGGUAUAAUUAGAACAAAAUGAUUUACUUAUUUGUGGACCAUGUGCAAGAUAAAUGAAAGGGGUUGCUGAUGCCUUAUGUAAAUCGAUAUGUACUCUUUGUUUCUACAGGAAGUCUACAGGCUGACUCCCAGCAGUAGUUUUAUUAUAGGUUGCUGGGCAGUGUCACAAAUGAAUCGCAAGCAAGCCAUCUUUGGCCAUUGCACUUAGUAGCUUUUAUGAGUAUGGACCAACAGCCAAAAAUGUCCAAUCUAUGCUUGUAUAAUCUAGAUUUUACUUGGAUCUCACUGAUACACCAUACAUUUCGGCUCUUUUGUUGCCCUCUCUUAUUUUUACAAUACUAUUAGGGCUUCUGAAAAUCAAACAAUCUUACUUGCUAUUGGAAUUGUUAUUUAUAUCUUCACUACUAAUUCCUGGUGCUUGUGAUCUGAGCAAAACUAAAAUGUAUUAGGCUUCCUUUUUUUUUCUGGACAAAUGUUUAAUUUCCGUGCAAAUAUGUGCCGACAUGACUUCUGGCGCAUUGAUGAGUUUUUACACUGGAACGAUGCCAAAAAGUUUUAAACCUGCCAAAUACUUGAUUGACAGAUUAGAUUGUAUGUGAAGUUGAGUUUUGGAACUCUUGUUAGAAAACAUUGUUUUGCCUUUAGUUUAAAAAGAGAGUCAAUGUACUUCAGUUGAUUUUUGUAGAUGUUGGGUUACUGAAAGUAAGAUCAGAGCGCACUUUACCAGAGAUUUCUAAAUUGUCACGACGAACCCAAUGUGUUCUGCAGUUCAGAAUGUCAGAAAUACUAAAUUUCAUCGCAUUAAAAGAUUAUAGAAUAUAGAUGUAAUUAAAUUUGAUACAAAUUGUUGUAUUUUUUCUCAAAUUUUAUCUAUAUACAAUGUUUUAAACUUGUCUUCUGAAAAUACUGUCAAGAUGUUCUUUCUAAUAAAAGAAAAUCCCCUCAUCUUUUGAGUUGA